AUGAAUGCAGGCAACGUUUUGCUAAUUAAAUUCCUGUUGACCAUCUCUUUUUGUCUAAAAGGAGCUGCUGCUUGUGAGGACGUGGUUUAUGGUAUUCUUAACCAUUCGGUUAUUCUGUGCAUUUCCUCCUCACAAGGCACAUUACAUAAAAUAGAAUGGAAAAUGGGCACAAAACCUAUUGCUUCAUUGAGAACAAAAAAGAAAAAUCAGACACGGAAUGAUGCUGAAAAGUACCAUACAUUUCCCAAUGGAACCCUUAAAAUAGAAAGAUUGCUGAAGAGUGAUGCUGCAAAUUACACAGUACAUAUAUACAAUCUAGAUGGAAUUUUGGUAUCAAAUAGCAACUUGAUCACUUUGCAUGUUGUGGAACCAUUACCUCCACUGAAGCUCACAUAUGAAUGUCCCAAGAAAAUACUGAGUUGUGAGGUGGAAUACAACAAGAAGCCAGUGCCUAGCUUUAAAUUGUUUCAAGAGAAAGAAGAACAGAAGAGGGAUCAAGAACUGAAAUAUCUUAACAAGACGUGGAAAGUAACACAGCAACUAAAAAGCAAUCGUGGGAAAGUCAGCUGUGAGGCUUCCAUUAGCAGCAGCCUGCAAAAAGCUGAGAUACAACUCAGUUGCCUAGGUGAAAUAGACAUUUUCCUUAUCAUGUACAUUGCAGGAGGUAUCAUUACUUUUGUCAUUUUUGUGGCCCUACUUAUAUGUUGUAUCAGAAAGAAAAAAGCAGAAAGACGUACACUGCAAGCUGAAGAAAGAGAACUGAGGCCUGCAAAUGAUGCACUGAAAUAUCGGAAGCUUCCCCAGCCUCCAGUUCAUGCUGCCCCAAGUCAGCCACCGCAACAAAGGCAGCCACCCCCUGGUUCUGAAGUGCAGCAACAGCCCGGACCCCCUCUGCCCAGGCCUCGCCCUCAUCAGAAGCCACCACGACGCAUGAAGGACAAAUUAUAAAUGCUCAGGGAUUGACACUGUCCCAUUGCCUCCACUGGCAAAAC